GAAUCCAAUUCCUAUCCAUCCAUUUAUUAUUUGCAUUAAUUGUUUCCUUUGAAAUCAUUGAAUGAUAUGAAUCAUAUGAUGCUUAGGCUCACCUCGUCGUUCCACAUCACAACAACGAGUAGCAAAGCCGGUGCACGCGGUGCCGGGUUCCGACGCUUCCGCUGCUCCUCGUCACAACCAAACCUUAACGUGGACCCUUCUUCUCCUUCGCAUUCUCCUCCUUCUCCUCCUUGUCCUCCUUUGUCUAGCGACGUCUCGCACUCGCGUGGCCUGGAGCCUCUCGUGGGAUUGGGAUUGCAUCGGAUGGAGGUCGCCGGCGAGUAUGGGAUGGAGCUUGAUGUGGCCGUGAGGGUUGUCCAGAUGGCCUGCUCGCUUUGCCAGAGGGUUCAGGAUGGCCUUGUUGGACGGAAACCUGACCAGAUCCAGGCCAAGGAUGAUGAUUCCCCUGUCACUGUUGCAGAUUGGGGUGUCCAAGCAACUGUGAGCUGGGUUCUCUCUGAGGUCUUUGGAAGUGAAAAUGUAUCCAUCGUUGCAGAGGAAGACAUUCAAGCUCUCUCAAAGAAGGAUGCUGCUGGCUUACUGGAAUCCGUGGUUAAUGCUGUCAAUGAAUGUUUGAUUGAAGCUCCAAAGUACGGAUUAAAUGGACCUCAGAAAGCUCUUGGAACUUUGGAAGUUCUUGAUGCUAUUCGCAGAUGCAACGCAAAUGGGGGUCCUAAGGGAAGAUAUUGGGUCCUUGACCCUGUAGAUGGCACAUUGGGUUUUGUGCGUGGGGAUCAAUAUGCUGUGGCUCUUGCGUUGAUUGAGGAUGGAGAGGUUGUCCUUGGCGUUCUUGGGUGCCCAAACUAUCCGAUGAAAAAGGAGUGGCUCAACUAUCACCAACGCUAUUAUCGGCUCAUGUCUAAGUUGUCCCCCCCGACAUCUGGGUCCUGGAACAAAGGCUGUGUGAUGUAUGCGCGAAGAGGCAGUUGUGAGGCCUGGAUGCAACCACUAGUCCAUGACUGUGGUGAAUUUGAUUGGCAACAAUCUGUGAGAAAAAUUCAAGUGUCAUCUAUUGAUGAUCCGGCUUUUGCAACUUUCUGUGAGCCUGUCGAGAAGGGGAAUUCUAGUCACUCCUUUACCGCAGGAUUAGCACAUAGUGUUGGCCUGAGAAAUCAGCCGCUUCGGGUCUAUAGCAUGGUCAAAUAUGCUGCAAUAGCCCGCGGGGAUGCGGAGAUUUUUAUGAAAUUCGCGAGGGCUGGGUACAAGGAAAAGAUAUGGGACCAUGCUGCCGGAGUCCUCAUCAUACAAGAAGCCGGUGGAGUGGUCACAGAUGCAGGAGGGCAUCCCUUAGAUUUCUCCAAAGGCUUAUACUUAGAAGGCCUCGAUCGAGGAAUAAUCGCCUGUUCUGGAGCUGCACUGCAUGACAAGAUCAUCAAAGCAGUUGACGCAAGCUGGAACUCCUCCGGUCUAUAAACACUUAUCAUCUGCUCACGAAUAUUAAGCGCGAUACACUACUUCAAUCGAUAUGUCAGUGAGAAGAGAAAUAGUUAUCUAAAUACAGACUUCGAUAAUAAACGGAACAAAAGGAUUCUCUGGUGAAGGGUAUCGGCAAACUCGAUCAAUCCCUUGUUGGGAUGAGACCGAUGAGUUUGUCAGCUGACUAUAAAAUAUGCUCUUCGAGAGCUGCAGGUAAUUUACAGAUCAUCUUAAAUUCCUUUAAUUUCUUUGUAUUGGGACUUUACAUAAUGUUGAGAAGCAUUGGCAUCAUCUUUCAUGCUUUUAUAUGAAUGAAAAUUUGGGUAUUGAACACCCAUUGAUGCUUGUAAAAGAAAGCAAAGAAUUUAGUCCCUGUUUUACUGCCUUCUUUCUAUAUAGUCCUUAUGAAAAGUUUUCUUCUAG